AUGGCGGCCGCGGUGUUGAGGGUGAAACGGAAACGCGGUGCUGAGCCAGCCGAGGCCUUCCUUCUCGCCUGCAAACGUUUGCGGGCUGCCGAUGAGGCCGGUGAACCUGGCUCUGGGCAGCAUGUCGUGCGGACUCUGUUCAAGUUGGCCGCCACUGUCGGCACUCCGGAUGACCCCGUUUCAAGGCAUGUGAAAGAAGCACUAUCAAAAGACAAAGCGUUACUGGCACUUAAACCUUCUGAGACCAGUGUUCGGCGUAUCCAGCUCUGUGCACGAGCAUCUUGCAAGGCAACUAGUGAGAAGAAUCGGUACAAAGUUAUUGCUAGCUACAGAAGAACAUUUUCCACAGAGUUUUCUGAAUCUCAAUCAGAUGAUGUGAAGUGUAUACACCAGCCUGAAACCGAAACUUCUGGAGAUCGGUGUGGAGAAAACCAAGAUAGCUGGAAGGAAACAUCCUUUAGGUGUAACAAAGGCAAUGUUGAAGCUGCAGCAGAAAUCCAAGUGCUUGAUGUUGUCCAGCAGAAUGAGCAUCUUGAAAAGGAUGAACGAGACUCCGAGCAUAAAGCCUUUAAGGAUCCUGACCUCGAGCAGGAUGACACUGAGAUAGUUCUGUGUAAUUCUGUGAAAAUGAUCCGAGAGAAGCUUGCAGUGUCCGAUUCUGGUCCAGGAACACGGCAUCGGGAGAAUAUGGAGGAGUAUGUUUAUGACAUAUACUAUACUGACAGCUGUAUUACUGGAGAUGAAAUUCAGGAUAUUCUUUCGGUGAUCCCAUGUUAUGAAGAGAAUGAACUGGUGGUCGAUGAACUGAUUGCAGAUGAAGCAUAUGAGGAUGAGGAUGAUGAAAAUGAAGAAAAUAAUUGGCGGAACGAUUACCCAGAUGAGGAUUCAUCUGAAAGUUACUGGAAUAGUGAAGAAGAUUCAGAGGAGGAAGAUGAAAGCUAUAGGCAAUGUUUCAAAGAUAAUGACUGA